UUCGUUUUGUGAAUUACUCAUUGUAUGUCUAAGUGAAUAUCAUUGCUAUGACCAGCUUAAAUUUCGUAUGUAUUGAUCGAAACACGUUGAUAUUUUAUCCUGAAGCAGAUUUACUGUUUUGACUGAGUGAAUAUCAAAUCAGACUCCUAUCCGUGUGUGAUCGGGUUUAUCUGUUCACGUUUCGGCCAUGCCGGUAGCAGCUGAACGGAUGGUGGCAGCUGGUCUGGUUCUUUUUCUCUCUCUUAUCACCUUCAGAGAUAUAACCGGGGCCAAUGAGUUCGGGGCGUCCAGUAUGGACAAAUCAGUGCCUAUGAAGUCCUUCUCUGGACCAGCUAUCAAAUUUCUAUACUGCUACGGAUGAGGGUAUCGAAAACUCUUCGAGGACUUCUCCAAGAUGAUUCAAAGUAAUUUUCCUGAGAUCGAGGUCCACGGAGAGAACUACCCUCCUCCUCCCAUGCAAAACUACGCGGCGCUGGCUCUCGGGUACUUCAAGAUCGCAUUCAUUCUCUGCGUGGUGUCAGGAUACAACGUGUUCGAACUAGCAGGGUUGCCGACUCCACAAGCCAUGGCUUGGGCCUGGGAAAAUAAGUUGUAUGCCUCGAUGAUGAUAUUCUUCAUCUCAAACGCUAUCGAGGGACAGCUCAUCGCUACCGGAGCAUUCGAAAUUCAAUUCAACGGAGUGGAAGUAUGGUCCAAAUUGCGCUCUGGGCGUCCCCCCUCGGCAAACGAGUUGUUCGAGAUCCUAAACAGUCAAUCCUCUUCUGCCUCGACAUCCUUCUCAAAAGCACCCCCAAGAAGCGCCUCUGCCUAAACCCAACCCCCCCCCCCCCCCAAUAGCCGCCUCUACUCACUUAUGUUAUGAUGCCAACAACAGCAACCAAAUGAACAUCACCUCCUGAAGCGCUUUAUGAGGAACACGCAGUUUUAUAUGUAGACUAGACCAGUCAUGUGAUUGAACAUGAUUUCUUACUCUUCUCUGACGACGCUUCUCGUCGACCCGCCAUCAAGCUCUGGACUGUCUGUUGCUAACCAGGCUUCGGUAGACCAAUGACGCAGACCAACAAAACGAUUUCUUCACAUCGCUGUGGUCAGCCGACAAUACUUACCGAUCUCUGACCAGUGACUGUACACUUAGAACAAAGAUGGCGUUUAAUUAUGUUUGAAGCAGAAACUGCUGUUUGCGCAUGUCAAUUUUUGAUUUCUUUUCAAGUAUUUGCAUUUUAAAGUCAAAUUAUAAGCUAUGUUCUCAAAAAUAUAUCAGUUAAGUAAAUUUAUAUUCCUUUCUUCAAAA